AACUGCAGCGGGCACAGCCUGAAGCGGCUGCGGCCCCCGCGGACAGGUUAGAGUGGGGGCAGGGGCGGGCGCGGGAGCAGCCCCGGGCCGGAGAGGGGGCUCUCGCCAGCCCCUUUGCAGCCAUGUCCGAUGAGGCGUCGGCCACCACUUCGUACGAAAAGUUUCUAACCCCGGAGGAACCCUUCCCGCUGCUGGGCCCCCCUCGCGGGGUGGGCACCUGCCUGAGCGAGGAGCCGGGCUGCCUGGACAUCAGCGACUUCGGCUGCCAGCUGUCGUCCUGCCAUCGCACCGACCCGCUCCAUCGCUUCCACACCAACAGGUGGAACUUAACUUCUUGUGGAACAAGUGUGGCCAGCUCAGAAUGCAGUGAGGAACUGUUUUCAUCAGUUUCUGUUGGAGAUCAAGAUGAUUGCUAUUCCCUGUUAGAUGAUCAAGACUUCACUUCUUUUGAUCUAUUCCCUGAAGGGAGUGUCUGCAGUGAUGUCUCUUCUUCUAUUAGCACUUACUGGGAUUGGUCAGACAGCGAAUUUGAAUGGCAGUUACCAGGUAGUGACAUUGCCAGUGGGAGUGAUGUGCUUUCUGAUGUCAUACCCAGUAUUCCAAGUUCACCUUGCCUGCUUCCGAAAAAGAAAAACAAGCACCGGAAUUUAGAUGAUCUUCCUUGGAGUGCAAUGACAAAUGAUGAACAGGUGGAAUAUAUUGAAUAUCUGAGUCGGAAAGUCAGUACAGAGAUGGGUCUUCGGGAGCAACUUGAUAUUAUUAAAAUAAUUGAUCCUUCUGCUCAAAUCUCCCCUACAGACAGUGAGUUUAUUAUUGAGCUUAACUGUCUCACAGAUGAAAAAUUGAAGCAGGUCAGAAACUAUAUCAAGGAGCAUAGUCCUCGACAGCGGCCUGCAAGAGAGGCCUGGAAGAGAAGCAACUUUAGUUGUUCAAGCACCAGUGGAGUGAGCGGUGCCAGCGCCAGCGCCAGCAGCAGCAGUGCCAGCAUGGUCAGUUCUGCAAGCAGCAGUGGGUCCAGUGUUGGAAACUCUGCUUCAAACUCCAGUGCCAACAUGAGUCGAGCACACAGUGACAGCAACUUGUCUGCAAGUGCAGCAGAGCGGAUUCGGGAUUCAAAAAAGAGAUCCAAGCAACGGAAGUUACAGCAGAAGGCCUUACGCAAGAGGCAGCUGAAAGAGCAGAGGCAGGCCCGGAAGGAGAGGCUCAGUGGGCUCUUCCUUAAUGAAGAAGUUCUGUCCUUGAAAGUGACUGAAGAAGACCACGAAGCAGAUGUAGAUGUUUUGAUGUAAUCAGGGUGGAUUUCUCAGCACUCUCUUUUAAGCAUUAAAGUAUUCUAUCCCUAUUUGUUUACAUGCA